AUGGACGGUAAUCUGCUGGAGAGUCUCCUCGACCUGGAGGAAGAGUUCUACCAAGAGGGCUUCAACCUGGGCUCUGCGGACGGCGCCUUGGCUGGCUACACCGAAGGAAGUGUCUUCGCCGUCGAGAAAGGAUUCGAAAAGUUCGUCGAGAUCGGAAGACUGUACGGGAAGGCCUUGGUUUGGGCGCAGCGAGUUGCAGACUCCGACCCGUCGGUCUCUGCCAAAGCCGUGUCGGAGUCGCAAACGGAGAAUGGGACGAGUGACAAGCCGAGCGAAGGAUUGCUGGACCCAUCUCUUUGCAAGGAGAUGCCAAACCUGGUGACGAGCUCCAGACUGGCCAAGAAUCUCGACACUCUGCUCGAAUUAGUCGACCCGGCUUCUCUGCCGAUGAUGAACGAUGAGGAGGCCGUCAACGACGUGGACGAACGCUACAAGGGCGCGGUCAUGAAAGCCAAGCUCAUCCAGCGUUCGCUGGGCGAAAAGGAAGACAAUUCGGAUAUCCAUCCGGACGCAAAGGAGACGUCGACUGCAUCUGCAGGUGACGGAACAGGCAGCAUCGAAGACAUCAGCUCAUUAAGUAUUCGCCAUUGA